AUGACUAACGCUAAAGACAUUCAUAUGAUCCUCGGAAUUAUUGGGACUGUUAUUUCGUCUUUGAUCUCCCUUGCACCAAUGCCAAGGUUUAUAGAAAUAUACAAGAAGAAAUCAGUGGAAGAUGGUUAUCAACCGCAACGUCAUAUAGCAAUGAUAAUGAAAUGUACUUUGUGGAUUAUUUAUGGUCUCCCUCUAGUUCAUAAAGAUAAUAUUCUCGUCACCAUCACUAACGGAAUCAGUUUGGGAAUCGAAGUUAUCUAUUUGGUUAUCUAUUAUAUGUAUUGUGACCACAAAGCGUGGAGAGAUAACAUUCGUGUGAGCCUUUUGUACUGGAUUAGUUUCGUGCAAUAUUUCGCUGCGGUUACUCAUUUUCUACCUCGGGAUGGUGGUAGACAGAUAUUCAUUGGUGGUUUUUCCACCGCUUUGACCAUUAUUAUUCAUGCUGUGUUUGCCUUCGUGAAAACACUGGAGGUGGAGGAUAAGCAAAUCUUUCAGUGCAUGCCUCUUGGAUUGUCUUUUGUUAGUUUCAUCAACGCUGCAAUUUGGACUGCCUACUCUUUGAUCUACCAAAUUGAUAUUUACGUCCUUGUAUGCAAUGGUCUUGGAACAUUGGCGUGUGCUUCUCAAAUAAUAGUCAAUGUUUAUUAUCUACUCUAUACUCCAACUGUGAAUGCCAUUGAACCUGUGAACGUCGACAUUGAUGAGUGA